AUGGCAGACGAAGUGUGUGUGCCGUUGAUAACCAACCCCAGUUCUUGCGGAAAACGGGAGGGAAGAACUACAAUAGGUAUAAUUGGUACUGGAAACUACGCUAUUGCCUUAAGCAAACGUUUGACCAUGACAGGAUAUGACGUCAUCAUGGCCAGCAGGCGACCUCAAAUGAGGGAAACCAGUCUGAAGUUCUUUAGUGAUUGUUUAUGUGGAGUCAAAGUUACGUCAAUACCUGAAUGUCUGAGGAAAUGUGAUCUUAUCUUCGUGGCAAUUCACAUGGAGGACUUCAAGAUAACGCUGGGAAACUACUUGGAGGCGACCAAAGACAAGAUCCUUGUCGAUGUUUCCAACAGAGAAUAUCGCUAUGCCAGACAUUCUAACGCCGAGCUCUUGUCUGCGGUACUUCCUAAUGCAAUCAUCGUCAAAGCGUUUAAUUCUAUUUCAGCUUACACAAUGGAAGAUUUAGCCACUUCUGGAGGCAAUCACAGAGUCUUUGUUGCUAGCAACGACCCCACGGCUAGGUCUAAAGUCGGGGAUCUGGCCAAAUGUAUGGGAUUUCAGGUCGUGGAUCUGGGAGGCUUGAAAUCAGCACGGUACAUGGAAGAUUUUGUUCUGAAAGUUUUCUCGCACUGGAAGAUUCCUUUCUUUUUGACUUUUGGCAUCUUCAAUUUGUGGUCUCUCUAUAUUGUAUAUGUUUGCUUCAUCGAGAAAUCAGAGUUCCAGUGGGAGCAGGUGUUUCUAAAGGUGCUGAACAAGCCGCUGUGUAUGACUGCAAUAACAAUGCUUGCCCUGACCUACUUGCCAAGUCACAUAGCGGCAAUCUACCAAAUCUACAACGGGACAAAACACAAACGAUUUCCGCGAUAUUUGGAUACUUGGUUGAAGAGCAGAAAACAGUUUGGCCUCAUCACAUUAUUCCUGGCCACCAUUCAUGCCUUUGCCUCCGCGCUGAUGAUGUCCCCAACCUACUACAGAUCCUGGUACCACACGGCGACAGUUACUUUGCCAGCCAAUGCUUCUUUGGCCUCACCGUUGGUUAUUCCAGUCAGUACCUCCUGGAUGGUCUGGAAAGGCGAAGCUGCAUGCCUGGUCGGAAUAAUAGCUUUCGUUCUACUGGUCAUUGUUGGCCUAACCUCCAUUCCGUCAGUUGGCGAAUCUUUAAACUGGUCAGAAUGGCGUUGUGUGCAUUCAAAUCUAAGUUAUGUAGUACUCUUUCUUUCUGUAGUCCAUGUGUGUAUAAUGGGGGCACCCGGAUGGUUGAAAGCGGGGCCAGCCGGGGCUUUCAGAUCGAUAACAUUUUUAAGUAUAAUCCUUCCGCUAAUUGUUUUGUUUCUCAAGUUCAUCUUCGUGUGCCCGCCGUUAAGGAAUUAUAUAAGAAGAAUUAGACGGGGGUGGGAGAGGAGUACUAUUUCCCAGAAUUCUUUCCAAUCAGAUGCUGUUGAAAAGGUUACAGUUCAUAACAUGAAGGACAAGUUAGAAGUAACCCAGGACGUGCCGGGGACCAAGUCCUGUUGCUGUAGCGACCCUGCAGAUAAAAGGUUAAAGAGCUGUAAUGGGUGUAAAGCAGGGGUCUUUUCCGUGGCUGUACAGUGUGAGUGUUCAUCGUUGUGA